GGGAGGGGAGGAGGGAAAAAGCAGAGGUGGAGUGAAGUGUCUUGUCCCGCGCAGUGGCUGCUGGGUGCACCCACGCUUUUUUCUCCACCUCAGCUCUCUCCGCCCUUCCCGCCCCUUUCUCCACCUUCCCAAUCCCGUUCCCCUCGCUCCCCUUCUCCCCCACCCCCCCGCCCCGGCCUGUUCCGUCCCUGGCGUGACUCGGCACGUCGAGCGCGGUGAGGAGAAUCUGUCGCGGCGUCAGCGCGUCUCCGUCCCCGCUUCCCCGGGGAGUCCUCCCUCCUUGGUCCGGAAGCCGGUGGUGCCGUGGCCUCGGCUCUCAGCAGGCCCCUCCCGCGACCAUGGUGGGAGUGAAGGUGGUCGGGACCGACCCAGAUUUCCAGCCGGAGCUGAGCGGCGCGGGCUCCAGACUCGCCGUGGUCAAGUUCACCAUGAGAGGUUGUGGACCAUGUUUACGGAUAGCACCAGCUUUUAAUGCUCUGAGCAAUAAGUAUCCACAGGCAGUUUUUUUGGAAGUGGAUGUACAUCAGUGCCAGGGAACAGCUGCCACCAACAAUAUAUCAGCAACACCCACAUUUCUCUUUUUUCGAAACAAAGUGCGAAUCGACCAGUAUCAAGGAGCAGAUGCUGUGGGUUUAGAAGAAAAAAUUAAGCAACACUUAGAAAACGACCCUGGAAACAAUGAAGACACGGAUAUACCCAAAGGCUAUAUGGACUUAAUGCCCUUUAUUAACAAAGCUGGAUGUGAAUGUCUUAAUGAAAGUGAUGAGCAUGGAUUUGAUAACUGUUUACGCAAAGACCCUUCCUUCUUGGAAUCUGACUGUGAUGAACAGCUGCUUAUUACUGUGGCUUUCAAUCAACCUGUUAAGCUUUAUUCCAUGAAAUUUCAAGGGCCAGAUAAUGGUCAGGGUCCUAAGUAUAUAAAAAUCUUUAUCAAUCUACCCCGAUCUAUGGAUUUUGAAGAGGCAGAAAGAAGUGAACCAACUCAAGCUCUGGAACUAACACAAGAUGAUAUUAAAGAAGAUGGUAUUGUCCAACUUCGUUACGUUAAAUUCCAAAAUGUUAACAGUGUAACUUUAUUUGUUCAGUCCAAUCAAGGUGAAGAAGAAACAACAAGAAUUUCAUAUUUUACAUUUAUUGGUACUCCAGUUCAAGCAACAAAUAUGAAUGACUUCAAACGAAGAGUACACAUUGGCAAGUUGAGAGGUAUCAACCUGUGAAACCAGUAGUUGGUAAGAAAGGAGAAAGCCAUUAAGAUGCAGAAGACACUGGAAAGACCUUAUUGCAAUCAAAAUGGAUCUUCACUUUAUCUACGGCUCCUGGAUAAUUGCUUGACCCUAGCCAGAGACUGUCAAUGUUUCCUUUAAUGCCAUUACCAAUAAAUCAUUGCUUUUGUUCAGAUGGUUUCACUAGUGUUUCUAUUGUAAUCUUGAUACAUGUAUUUGUAAAUAAAAGUCAUUACUUUUGCCAAAUUUAAUUUUUGUCAUUUUAAGUAUAUAAAAAUUUUUACUUUCCAUUUGUUUUGAAAUUUUCUGGCUUCUGGUUUUAGGAGACUUAAUGUAUCUUAUGUUAUACUGGCUGACAGUUGACUUUAAAAUUGAGAAACUGUCAUAAUUAAGGGUUAUCUGUUUAUGAGAAAAUAGCAGUUUAAUACAGUAAAAAUUUGAAAUGCAAGGAACUGGGAAGAAUGGAUUUUGAAGUACCCAUAUUUGUAUUAUGUAAUAUUUUUAUUAAAGAACAGUUGGUUAUCUAGGGAAAUAGGAAUUUUACAUGAUCUUUUGCAUAGACUUAAGAUUUAACUGUCUACACAUGUUACCUACAAAUUAUUAGAUUAUAGGACUGAAAAUUCCUAGGUCUAAUCAUUUAUCGUACCAAGAUUUUUAUGCCCUCUGAAUCAUUUGUGAGUCACCAUUUCAUUUGUUGUGGCAAUGUGGACAUUAAUCAUUAGGUAAAAAUAUAGUACUUGAAAUUAAAAGUCUAUUAGUGUCAUUAAAUAAAGUUAUUUCUAUUAUUUCA